UAGAGCAGCGCUGCGAGGCCACGUGGGAUCCCAGGCGACUCCGAGCGUCCUUGGAGGUCCUGGCUGGCUGUUUCAUGGCCGGUUUCGGGCAGAGCGGUGGGGCCCGGGCCCUGGACCUGCUCCGGGCUUUACCUCGUGUAAGCCUGGCCAACCUAAAGCCGAACCCAGGCUCUAGGAAACCGGAAAGAAGACCAAGAGGUCGUAGAAGAGGUAGAAAAUGUGGCAGAGGCCAUAAAGGAGAACGGCAGAGAGGAACCCGGCCCCGCCUGGGCUUUGAGGGAGGACAGACGCCAUUUUAUAUCCGAAUCCCAAAAUACGGGUUUAAUGAAGGACAUAGCUUCAGACGCCAGUAUCAGCCUUUGAGUCUCAACAGAUUGCAGUAUCUGAUUGAUUUGGGUCGAAUUGAUCCUACUCAACCUAUUGACUUAACUCAGCUUGUCAAUGGGAGAGGUGUGACCAUCCAGCCACUUAAAAGGGAUUAUGGUGUCCAACUGGUGGAGGAGGGUGCUGACACCUUUAAGGCGAAAGUUAAUAUUGAAGUACAGUUGGCCUCCGAACUAGCCAUUGCUGCAAUUGAAAAACAUGGCGGUGUUGUUACUACUGCCUUCUAUGACCCAAGGAGUUUGGACAUUCUGUGCAAACCCGUUCCGUUCUUUCUGCGGGGACAACCCAUUCCAAAGCGAAUGCUCCCCCCUGAAGUCCUGGUACCAUAUUACACUGAUGCAAAGAAUCGUGGUUACUUGGCAGACCCUUCCACAUUUCCUGAGGCAAGACUUGAACUCGCCAAGAAGUAUGGCUAUAUUUUACCUGAUGUCACUAAAGACGAGCUCUUCAAAAUGCUCAGUAUGCGAAAGGAUCCAAGGCAGAUUUUCUUCGGUCUUGCUCCUGGAUGGGUGGUGAAUAUGGCAGAUAAGAAAAUCCUAAAACCUACAGAUAAGGAUCUCCUCAAAUAUUAUAGCUCGUGAAUUCCCUUCCAAGAAAGCCUAGUUGUAAAAGAGUGCUGGAAAAGGGACUGAAACUUAUGUAUUUUUCAUUGCAUUUUCUUAGCUUGUAAUUCUCCAGAUGUAUGUUUUCUGUGUAAUAAUAUUUUUCUUAUUUUUAUCUAAAAUUAAAAAUGCAACUAAGCAAGAACUGCAUAGAGGAACUGAAUCUGUGUUGGUUCUUUCUCAUUUAAAGAUAAAAAUUCCCUGGUUUUCUGCCAAAGAAAGAUUAAAACGUUUAGAAUAUUUGUAGUUGGUUUUUUUAUCCAGGUCAUGUUUUAUUGUUGCAGAAUGAAUGUGCAGAUGGAUAGGAUUGUUGGUAGGCCUGCUCAGUCGGGGUUAGAGCAGAUGGGAAUGAGCUGGUGGCCUGUCUUAAAUUAGUAGCCUCACGGAAGUGCUAUACCCAGUGUCGAGACAUAAAACCUUCAUCCAUGGGUAAUUGAGAUGUGAGUUUUAAGGUUUAAGUCUGGUGGAUAGCUUCUAAGUGAUAUGAUUAUUUGCUGGCAAAAACUGCAAUAAAAACUUCAAGAGAA